AUGGCGUCUCCGGCGAAUUUUCGUUGCUCAAAACCUUCAUUCAACCUACAGAUCAAUCUCCAUCGAAAAUUUACUAAAAAAAUCGUGUGCCCUCCUUUUUCCAGAGACCUAACGAAGUCAACAUUGGUUAGAUACCCAAUCAUCAAAGCUUCAUCAUCAUCAUCGCCGACGAAUCCCAAACCUUCACUGGUCAAAACCACUUGCAUCACUCUCACUGCAGCCGCGGCUCUGUUCGCAGCGUCGUCCUUUUACUUCGCCUCUAAACCCACUCCAGUCACCACCACUGCCGAAGAAGCAACGCUCGAGAAGCACCUCGAGACAGAAUCGAACGAUGUGGAAGCUUUGUUAUCACUGACGAAAAUCAAAUUCGAGUCCAAAAAGUAUGAUCAAGCGAUAGAGAUUCUGAACCGCCUGAUCGAGAUCGAUCCCGAUGAGCAAAAAUGGCCGGUUAUGAAGGCUCGGAUUCUGUCAUUGAACUUCCAAAGCGAAUCAGCAAUCAAAGCUUUCGAAGAGAUUCUUUCAAAGGACCCGGAUCGAAUCGAUGCUUAUCAUUACUUGGUGAUGGAGUAUUUCGACUCUAAACCCAAAUUAGCAGAGUUAGAGAAGAGGAUCAGCGAUGCGAUUGAAAGAUGCAAGACGAAGACGAAAGAGAUUCGCAGUUUCAGAAUGUUGAUCGCUCUGAUUAAGGUUAUGGAAGGGAACCCAGUUGAAGCAAUUCGGAUUAGUGAAGAGUUAGUGAAAGAUGAUCCAGAAGAUUACAUGACGUAUAUGUUUCAAGGAUUGGUGUAUACAUUGAUGAAGAAAGAAGACGAUGCUGCGAAGCAAUUCGAGCAAUGCGCUUGUAUUCUUCCUGAGAAUCAUCCGUACAGAGAGAAUGCGGAGGACAUUUCGGAAUGGAGUUUGAUUGUAGCUUACGAUGAAUUUCUCUGUUAUUUCAUGGCAUUUACUAAGCUUACUAUAGCUUCCUCUUUUGGGUUGAUUGGUAAGUUUGUAGCUUGA